CGUGUGCGAAAUUACAGCUGUUACACAUAAGCCGACUUCUUAACAAAGACGUUAAACUUUUGUCGGUACACUAUUUCUUGCUAUUAGUAGUACCUUUAGAGGUUCUCAGAAAAAUCUACAAUCUGAGCUUCUUAUUAAGGAACUUCGUAAGCGUUUCAAGGACCCUACACGAAAUGGGGUAGUUUUGGGAGAAAGUUAGAUAUUAAAUAGUUAUUGCAUUGUGUGUUACUAAGUGACUUUGAAGAGAGUGUAUAAAUAAACCUCAACCAUGUAUUCUAUGAACUAUAUAGGAAAGUUCAUUGCGAACUUCCGUGAAUUUUAUAAUGAAAUCAAUGGUGCGACGCUAACGGGUGCCAUCGAUGUGGUAGUGGUAGAACAACCUGAUGGUAGCUUCACCUGUUCGCCUUUCCAUGUGCGUUUUGGGAAGCUUGGAGUACUUCGCUCUAGAUUCAAAGUGGUGGAUUUGGAACUAAAUGGCGAGCCACUAAACAUCCAUAUGAAGCUAGGGGAGUCCGGGGAAGCGUUUUUCGUUGAAGAAGUGGGAGAGGAUGAAGGAGAGUGUUCAGCGCAUCUGGCCACUUCACCUAUCCCAGCGGCGCGGUUUGAAGAUCUGUACGAGCCUCGAAGACGCAACUCACUUUCUGCCGUCGAACCCGAUCAUGGCCAAGCUUCUGAUUACACGAAGCGAAGAUAUACGGCAGACGGACAAACAAUGCAGAAACCAGACUUAAGCAAAUUGACAAAGAAAACAAAAGAAGAUAAGGGGACAAACAAUGACCAUGAUAAUGAUGCUUUGUUUGAAAUGGAAGGGCUGGACGAUACUACGGAGCGAACUGAUACCAGGCCUAAAACAUUCGCGGCUACACAGCUCGGGGAGGAUGAAAGCGAAGCUAGUCAAACUGUGCAAAAGAUAAGCGCACAUAACGAUUUUAGACCAAUAGAUGCUGCUCCUGCUAGCCAGGAAGAUCUAAAAACAAAUGGUAACGGCAAAAAAAAGAAGAAGACUAGAAAAGUAAGCUCAAAGAAGAAGCAUCAAAGAAAGUCAUCCACUAGUUCUAUAUCGAGUCAAUCAGACCGCGCAGGUUCGGAACAGAGAGCUUCGCUACCGACGGCUAUUCCGAACGUAACGGACAUCAAUUUCUUUAGUGAUUCCGAAAUUAACACUACGACCUUAAGCGAAGAAAUGUCCAACCUGAAGCUGAACGGCGACAACCGCAUCCCCCUGGCGCUGUCCGACACAGCGUUCGAGGUGCACGCCGCCUCCAGAAACGCAGGGUCACGGAGCGGGACGCCAGUACAGUCGGAUACAGAAGUGGAACUGGCGCGUGCAGUGACCGGUGACAAGGCAUCACAAUCAUGGCGCUGGGGUGAACUACCUGAGCCUCCAGUCCGCGCUAUACCGUUAGAUUCCCCGGAUUCGGGAACUUCUCCCGCUGAACCUGCAUCUCCUGCCGAGCCCGCGUCACCCACAGAGCCACUAAGCUCCGAUGAGGAACGGCCAGGCGGCCGUCGUGGUGUCCUAAGCGGCAUGUUCCGUUUUAUGUCUGCGCGCGACGCUAAUGACGUCAUCACUGACGGCGUGUAUCUUGACGAUCUUGAUCGUGGGCAGGUCGACCCUGAUCUCUAUUUCCCGAAACAUCACCAUCGCGCCGGACCUGUAAGCGCGGCGCAUGCACCAGUAGGACCCACCGAAGAGGAAUAUGAAUCCGGAAAUGGGCCUUCGCUGCCGCAAUCCCCGGCCUCACACGAACCACCCACACUUGACUCCGAUGACGAUGAGAAGCUAUUGGCCAAGGGUCAAGUGGGCGUGUAUGUGCGCGAGGAUGUAGUGUCGCGUGCGCUGCCUUUCGAGGAGUUCUGCGCGCGCGGCGGACAACUUGCUGCCGAUGGCCGGCUUAUCGUGCGACUGGGCGAUCGCUGGCUGUCUUGGCGCGCUGCCGGACCACUGCUGCUGUCGCUACUCGCCUACCGACAGCCUUUGCCUAAUCGAGUACUAGAGGAUCUAGAGAAGAGUUCAUCCGAUAAAGAAGGUUCUGAGACGUCUCGCACGGCUGACAGUGCAGUCAAGCCGCGCUCAUAUUCAUGGUGGAGCUGGCGGCGUUCCAACGCGGAAGCCAAGAGGCCAGAAUCAUCACAACCUAAGGAGGAAGCGCUGAAAACAAGUCUACCACAAGUAGAAAGCCCAGAAGAAACGGCUACGGAUAUAACAGAGAAUGAAGCUGUUCAGCCCAAAGAGGAACUAGCAGCGGAUACAACCGAACCGUCAAACGUCGACGAUGUUGUGGAGCAUGAAGAACUGCUCAAGGACGAACCGGAUGCCUCUUUUCCGAUUGAACCUAAACAACACCUAGGUGAUCGUCAAGACCAGAGUUCCUCGGACUCGGAUCAAGACAACCACGUUCAAAGACUUACUCGUAGACAUUCCACCUUUAGAAAAACUCUCAGGCUGUCUUCUGAUCAAAUUAAAAAACUGAACCUCCGCGAGGGAAUGAACGAGAUGGUAUUCAGUGUGACGACGGCCUACCAAGGAACCACGCGGUGCAAGUGCAACGUCUUCCGCUGGCGGUACGACGACAAAAUCGUUAUCUCCGAUAUUGAUGGAACCAUUACCAAGUCGGACGUGCUGGGCCACAUUUUCCCACUGGUGGGUAAGGACUGGGCGCAGUCCGGCGUCGCUCAGCUGUUCACUAAGAUAAAAAAAAAUGGCUAUCAAAUAUUAUAUUUAUCAGCGAGAGCCAUUGGACAAGCUAGAGUAACUCGUGAAUACCUACGCUCUAUCCGCCAAGGCGAAGUAUGCCUGCCCGACGGGCCGCUUCUGCUGAACCCUACGUCUUUGCUGCGCGCUUUUCAUCGCGAAGUCAUCGAGAAGAAACCUGAAGAAUUCAAGAUCCAAUGUCUAGCUGACAUCAAAGCACUGUUCCCUACGGGAUCCAAUCCUUUUUAUGCCGGAUACGGCAAUAGGGUUAAUGAUGUUUGCGCCUACCAAGCUGUCGGCAUUCCAAUCGUAAGAAUAUUUACCAUCAACUACAAAGGAGAGCUCAAACACGAACUGACUCAAACAUUCCAAUCAACGUACUCGCAUAUGUCGGUGUUGGUCGACCAGGUGUUCCCUCCAGCUCUUUGCGAACCGAGCGAUGAGUUUUCCCAGACGAUUUUCUGGCGUGAACCUUUGCAGUUGCUGGAACUACCAGCUGCCGCGCCCGUUCCCACUAAACAUUGAGAAGGAAGUAAGUAGUAAGAAGCCAGUGUGUGGUGAAAGGGAUCGCAAUCAAGAUGUUUUUCUCAAUAUUAGGCAAUUUAAAAAAUAUUUUUUUGUAUAACAAGAUUUGAUUAUCUCCGGGAAGUGUACCUAGCGAGUAAGAUCUCGAAGAACGAAAUAAGUCCUUGAUUUUUUGUCUUUUUGUGUCAGUCAUCAACAAUCUUAACUAAUACCAUGACAAUAGAUUUUGAUUAAUUAUUCUUUCUUUGAGGACAUAAGAUCUCAUUACAUUAUUGCUUGGUGUUAUAGCAUUAUUAACAGAAUGUAUUUAUGUCGGAUACCUAAUGAAAGUGCAAAUUUAGCUUUUAAAUUUAGCCAAUUAGCCAUUGCGCUGCAAUAUCGCCUACCGAAUUCACCAAAUAAUAGAAAUAUGUACCGCUCACGCGCCAUUGAUGCUUUAUUUUAUAUAAGGAUAUAGUAAAGUUUACAAAGACAAUGAUAUUUAUAAUAAUUUUUUGACAAUUGCCUAACGUAUAAGUUAUUGUUACAUAAGUAAUUUUUCAAAAUUUGUAAUUGUUUACCAGUUUUUUUAAAUUCAAUUUAUAUCUCUACAUUUGGCAUUUUGUAAUAGGAAAUAUUUCUUUGUAGUCUCUUAGGACGAAUAUUGAUGUUAUUAUUAUUAUUUAAAGACUGUAUGUUCCGAAAAAAAAUGACGUAAUAAUUGCUAGGGCUUUUUGUAAUUAAUUAGUGAAUUUAUGUAUAUCUCGAGUCUGAAUUUGAUUUGCAGGUUGAGUAAGCUGUGAUGUCGACUGAUGAAGCUAUGCUUUAUUUUUGUACUGUGAUUACCUUAUUGUAUGUAUUGCUAAGUUAUGUUUCGUGUUUAAAUAUACAC